AUGGCCUCGGACCACAGGGUCGUCCUGGAGAACUGGGGCCUCAGGGACCCCCUGGACCUCCGGGACAAGAUGGAGUCCUUGGGGUACCGGGUGCAGCUGGAAACCCGGGUGCUCCUGGAUCUGUGGGUGCCCCGGGCCCUAGUGGUGCCCCGGGGAGUGUGGGAGUGGCUGGGGAUGCUGGGAGCCCAGGCCUGGCCGGGCCAAGAGGAGACCCUGGUUUGCCUGGGCCGCCUGGGCCACCGGGGAAAGGGAAGGAUGGCGAGCCGGGACUCCGUGGGCCACCUGGAGUACCUGGACCCCUGGGGAGCAAGGGCGACCGAGGGGCACCUGGCAUCCCUGGCUCUCCUGGCAGCCGUGGCGACCCAGGCAUUGGCGCUGCUGGCCCUCCUAGUCCAUACGAGUCAGAGUGCACUUGCUGGCAAGGAGGGCCCUGCUGGACCUCCUGGAGAGACGGGGCCAACGGGAUCUCGUGGCUCCCCUGGAUUCCCAGGACCUCAGGGACCAGCUGGCCAGGAUGGCGUGCCAGGAAAUCCAGGAGAAAGAGGGCCGCCUGGCAAGCCGGGCUCCUCACCACUGCUCUCUCCGGGGGACAUAAGCCUCUUGGUGAAGGAUGUGUGCAGCGACUGUCCUCCUGGUCGCCCUGGCCUCCCUGGUCUUCCAGGCUUUAAGGGGGAUAAAGGAUUCCCAGGAAAGUCAGGGAGAGAAGGCACAGAGGGGAAGAAGGGGGAUGCUGGACCCAGAGGCCUCCCAGGGCCCCCAGGAAUAGCUGGACCACAGGGAAGUAAAGGAGAGCACGGCGUAGAUGGUGAGGCUGGACAGAAAGGUGAUCAGGGUCAUCCUGGAAUUCCAGGCUUCAUGGGACCCCCAGGGACCCCCGGGCCACCGGGAGCAGAUGGCACCACGGGAGCUGCUGGGCCACCAGGAACCCAAGGACCCCCAGGGAAAGAGGGCCCUCCAGGACCCCAGGGCCCAUCAGGAUUACCAGGAAUCCCAGGAGAAGAUGGCAAAGAGGGCAGAGAUGGAAAGCCAGGGCCCCCUGGAGACCCAGGCAAAGCUGGAGAGCCGGGUCUGCAAGGAGCAGAGGGGGCACGAGGCCCGCCUGGCUUCAAGGGACCCACAGGCGAUCCUGGUGUACCCGGUCCCCGGGGAGAGCCUGGAGCCCUGGGCCCCCCUGGCCGGGAAGGCUCCCCAGGAAAAGAUGGGAAGAGUGGAUCACCUGGUUCCCCGGGAGACCCCAGCCCUCCAGGAAGCCCAGGUCAGAAAGGAAGCAAAGGAGAAAACGGCAGCCCUGGGCUUCCUGGCUUCCAGGGUCCUCGGGGGCCUCCGGGAGAACCAGGAGAGAAAGGAGUCCCAGGGAAGGAGGGUGUCGCCGGGAAGCCAGGAGAGCCUGGGUCCAAUGGAGAAAGGGGAGACCCGGGAACCAAAGGGGACAAAGGUCCUCCCGGUGGGAAGGGCCAGCCUGGGGACCCUGGAAUUCCUGGCCACAAAGGCCACACGGGCCUGAUGGGUCCCCAGGGAGUACCAGGUGAGAACGGACCGGUAGGACCCCCAGGACCGCCCGGCCAGCCAGGCUUCCCAGGACUGAGGGGGGAGGCUCCUUCCAUGGACACCCUGCGACGACUGAUUCGGGAAGAACUGGAGAAGCAGUUAGAAACCAAGCUGGCCUACCUCCUGGCCCAGAUGCCCCCUGCACACGUGAAGGCAUCUCAAGGCAGACCUGGACCGCCCGGGCCCCCUGGAAAAGAUGGGCUUCCAGGCCGGGCAGGCCCCAUGGGGGAGCCAGGCCGUCCAGGUCAGGGGGGCCUGGAAGGACCCUCUGGACCGCUGGGUCCCAAAGGUGAGCGCGGAGCCAAAGGUGACCCUGGUGUGCCUGGAGUUGGCCUGCGGGGCGAGAUGGGACCCCCUGGCAUCCCAGGUCAGCCCGGGGAGCCUGGCUACGGAAAGGACGGACACCCAGGGAACCCAGGCCCUCAAGGGGAGACGGGCCCUGCAGGGCAUCCCGGGGCCCCUGGCCCCCCCGGCCCCCCUGGCCAGUGUGACCCCUCCCAGUGUGCCUACUUCGCCAGCCUGGCUGCCCGGCCAGGCAACGUGAAGGGUCCCUAG